AUGGCCGAGCAACUGGGAGCUGCGAUCCGCGAGCGCUUCGCCUGCAAGUCCUUCCUGUCGGAUCCCGUGCCGGACGAGACGCUCCGGGAGAUCCUCAAGCUCACGCAGGUGAGAGACCCAGUCUACGAUGUGCCGCCUCUGCAGGCAACGACUGACCUGAUACAUCGAGCCCCGACCGGAUUCAACACGCAGUCCUACGUCGCCAUCGUGGUGCGCUCCGAGGAGGACCGUGAGAAGUUGGCGGGUGGCAUGAUCGAAGCGAACGUCGGCAAGGUCAAGAGCGCCCCCGUCUCGGUCGUCUUUGCGGCCGACACCGAGCCCAGCAAGAACGUUGCGCGCAUGCAGCAGCUCAACCGCGACAACGGCGCCCCCGAGCCUUUCGUGAGCAAGAUCCCGGCCCUCGUCGAACUCUUCUCAGGAGAGCACGACCCCAACGUGUCCACGGAGGCGUGGGCCUACAAGCAGACGACGUUCGCUGCUGCCACCUUCCUGUACGCCGCUCAGGUGCACGGCCUCGCCACGUGCCCCAUGGAAGGCCUGGACCAGGCCAAGGUGAAGCAGGCGUUGGGCAUCCCGGACCGCUACAGCAUCCCUGUGGUGGUGGCUCUGGGCCACGUGAACCCUGAGGCCAAGCCUGCCAAGCCGUCGGUGCGCUUCCCGCCCUCGGAGAUCUUCUUCGACGGCAAGUUCGGCCAGUCGCUCGAGAAGUUCUUCGACGAGAACGCUUAUAAGAGAACAUGA